AUGUGCCAUACCGAGCACGUAUACCACCGAGCCUGUUCACACUGGGGCCGCGAGCGCAUCGUUGGCGAGCCUUGCUGUCGAGCUCGUACGGCCAGUGGCCGCCACACGACCUGUCUCUACACCGAAAACAUCGGCUCUGUCAACAGUAGCGACCCAUGCUCGCAAUGUAUCUACCAACUUGCGAGAGGGGACGACUGGAAACCAUUUGAGCAUGUCAGUAAUGCUGCGUGGGCAAGGGUGGAGGAGCGAUUGCGGCAAAGACGACUAGCGAUGAGUCAAACAGCUCUUCACCUUGACGGUACAUUGGAGACCCCUCCCAUCGAUGUUGCGUGCUCAUCAGUUCUGCAGGUCGACAUAGAUGGCAAAGUCGUUGGACGCACUGGCACGGUGUGCAAUGAUUGUGGAGUGGUAUACGUUGACGUCCACAUAACGUUGCAACAGGUCAGAUGUUUCUCAUCUACGAUCAAGUCAGCCGCAUUGUCCGAGACCGCUCUUGAUUACAACUUCACCAAUCAACAUAUUAUACACUCGUUAUGGAUGCAUAUGCAGAGUGAGGAAAUUCGACGUCGAGGUGAGGUCGCAGAAGAUGAGGGGAAUGCUUUGUUUCUAGAACGUCAAGCCGCCAAAGUUACCUGCUACGACCGCCUGCUAUCGCAUGACCACCACAUCCAAUAUCAGCAAGCAAGUCCCGUCAAUGAUUGUGAAUGA